CGUGGAGGCAGCCGCCGCACGGCGCAUGCGCCCUCCAGCUCGCUCGCAGCGCACGUCGUUUCGGAGGGGACCGCAGCAGAACCUUGUCAUUCUGACUUCGGAAGCCCUAGUUUUCUGCCUCGGAUCGUCUGGCAGAAAUGUCUAAUGCAAAAGAAAGAAAACAUGCUAAGAAGAUGAGAAACCAGCCCACCAAUGUGACUUUAUCCUCUGGCUUUGUGCCUGAUAGAGGUGAAAAGCACCUUAAUGGAGGUGGGAAACCUUUCCGAGCUCAAAAACUAGAUCCUUCUUCUGGAACUUCACGACAGCAGCAAGCCAAAAUGGCCCACUAUCCACCACCUAGGCCUGAUGUGAAUGAGCAAUCUUCCUCCAAAGUAAUGUUUAGAAAGAAGGGAGGAUGGAAAGCCGGUCCUGAGGGCACGUCUCAGGAGAUUCCAAAGUACAUAACAGCGUCUACUUUUGCUCAGGCCCGAGCUGCUGAAAUCAGUGCUAUGUUGAAAGCAGUGACUCAGAAGUCUUCAAAUUCACUGGUUUUCCAGACUCUGCCACGGCACAUGAGGCGAAGAGCCAUGAGCCACAACGUCAAACGCCUUCCGAGACGGCUGCAGGAGAUUGCUCAGAAAGAGGCAGAGAAAGCAGUGCAUCAGAAGAAAGAACAUUCAAAAAACAAGUGCCAUAAAGCUCGAAGAUGUCACAUCAACCGGAUGCUGGAAUUUAACCGUAGGCAGAAGAAGAACAGAUGGUUAGAAACGCACAUCUGGCACGCCAAACGGUUUCACAUGGUCAAGCAGUGGGGCUACUGCCUCGGGGAGAGGCCGACAGUCAAGAGCCACCGCGCCUGCUAUCGAGCCAUGACACACCGUUGCCUCCUUCAGGAUUUAUCCUACUACUGUUGUUUGGAGUUGAAGGGCAAAGAGGAAGAAAUACUAAAGGCACUUUCUCCAAUGUGUAGCAUAGACACAGGGUUGACUUUUGCAGCAGUUCACUGCUUGUCUGGAAAGCGCCAGGGAAGUCUCCUGCUUUACCGGGCACAUCAGUACCCCCGAGGCAUGCUGGGGCCUGUUUUAUUCAUUUGGAAGCCGGAGAGGACCCCUGGGGACACCUCUGAGAGCAGGCAGUUGUGGAUCUGGCUUCACCCAACGCUUAAACAGGAUAUUUUGGAGGAAAUAAAAGCAGCGUGCCAGUGUAUAGAACCGGUCGAAUCAACUGCCUGCAUCCCUGACCCCCUUCUGGCACCAGCCCAAGAAAAAAGCCCAGCGAAACUGCCCGAUGAGAAAAUUGGCAAGAAAAGAAAACGGAAAGACGAUGGAGAAAACGCUAAACCAGUUAAAAAAUUUAUGGGGGAUGGAACUAGAGCUGCACAUGAACCGCGUUCUUGGAGCUCCUCCACCACAGGCAUCGUGAUCAGUGAUUUGACGAUGGAGAUCAACAGGUUCCGCCUGAUCGGUCCCCUCUCCCACGCCAUCCUCACCGAGGCCCUGCAAGCUGCUGCUGUCCACACCGAGGGAGAGGACACGGAGAACACUCCACACCGUUGGUGGACUGAAACCUGUAAGAAUCCUGACUCGGUUUCCCUCCACCGCAGACAGGAGGCCGUGUUUGACUUGUUGGGAGGAAUAACAUCACCAGCAGAAAUUCCAGCAGGUACUAUUCUGGGACUGACAGUUGGGGAUCCUCGAAUAAAUUUGCCUCAAAAGAGGUCCAAAGUUUUGCCCAAUCCAGAAAAAUGCCAAGAUAAUGAGGAAGUUAGACAGCUGCGUCUGGAGGGUGUGCCCGUGGAGUGUGCGCAUAGCUUUAUUUGGAGCCAAGCUAUCUGUAAGAGUGUCACAGAGAAUAAAAUGUCGGAUCAGGACUUAAACCGGAAGAGAAGUGAAUUGCUGGUGCCUGGGUCACAGCUGGUUUUAGGUCCCCGCGAGUCCAAGAUCCCUCUGCUUUUGAUUCACCAGCCGGGAAGAGUGACCGGCGACGGCCAACGCGGCUGGGGAAGUGGCUGGGACGUGCUGCUUCCCAAGGCCUGGGGCAUGGCUUUCUGGAUUCCAUUUAUCUAUCGAGGUGCACGGGUGGGAGGAUUAAAAGAGACUGCGGUGCAUUCCCAGUAUAAAAGGUCGCCUUCCAUCCCGGGGGAUUUCCCAGACUGCUCUGCUGGCAUUCUCUUUGCUGAAGAACAAGCCAAGAAUCUUCUUGAAAAGUAUAAAAGACGCCCUCCUGCAAAACGGCCCAACUACGUAAAGCUGGGCACUCUGGCGCCGUUCUGUCUGCCCUGGGAGCAGUUAACCCGAGACUGGGAAUCGAGAGUCCGGGCCCAAGAGGAACUGUCCGGAGCUUCCUCCCCGAGUGGUGGGGAGAGCGACUCGAGAGACCAGGCGCCCUGUGCUCCCACGCCUGGACAAGCUGCUCAGGGGUCUGGUGCAGGGGGCACAGCCCUGCACGACUCCAGUGAGCCCGAGGGAGCGAUGGACACAGAGUGUCCAGCCCAGGCCGGGACUGAGCAGGUAUCGGGCCAGGAUGCCCGUGGCCAGCUCCUCUGCGUUCUCAGGAGUAGAGCAUCGCUGAAGCAGCUGUCAGCCUGGUGCCGGCCCAGUUCUGGGGACAGUCGGGCGGCGGCCCGGCGAGCUCCCGGCAGGGGGCAGCAAGAACUGACCGCAGAGGCCCGCCGGUCCCUCCUGGCCCGCUUCCCCAGGGCCCUGGUGUGGGUCAGCCUGUCCCUGCCCGGGAAGGGCAGCCCCGAGCCGCACGCCAUGAUCUGUGUCCCAGCCCAGGAGGACCUCCUGCAGCUCCGCCGGGAUCGGCUGUACUGCGGGCCCCAGGAACCCAAGCACAGCGACCCGUUCAAGAGCCAGAUCCGGAAACAGAAGGAGAGGCAGACCCGAGAGAAGAGGCGGCACCUCGGGCGUGCUGCCUUGGGGGGCCUGGCAGAGGGGGACCCUGCAGCAGGGCCCCCGGCUCCGACCCUGGGCCUGUGGCCAGGCCCGCUCCCCAACGUGACCGCUCACUGCUCCAGAGUCCUCCUGGGCUUCGUCACCCAGGGAGACUUCUCCAUGGCUGUCGGCGGUGGGGAAGCCCUGGGCUUCGUUAGCUUGACGGGCCUGCUGGACAUGCUGGCCGGCCAGGCCGCCGCCGAGAGGGGCCUGGUGCUGCUGCGGCCGCCCGCCUCCCCGCAGUACCGGCUCGCGAGGGUCACGGUGGAGGUGUGAAGGCGGGCGUGCGUCCUUGCAGGGGACAGACGGUCCCGUCUGCCUGGUCCCACAGCUGGAAAGUUUGGUUUGAGCCGUCUUCUGUUUUGAAAUGUCAUGUGAAACUGCUUGGAAACGAGAAUAAUAAAAAAAAAAGAUGCAUCAUGCA